GGGUCAGAGCUUCUCUUUCACCGUGGCUGAGGUGUCCUCAGUAGGGAUGGCAAGUCCACACCAUGGAGAUGCAACUCUGUCAAGCUUCUUGGUCACCUUCAUCUUCCUGCAGCUCCUGCCUGCUGGGAACGGGAAAUCAGAUUUCCGUGUCCUUGGACCUCCUGAGCCACUUCUGGCCAUAGUUGGGCAAGACAAGGAGUUGCCUUGCAAACUGUCACCCAGCAUCAGUGCCGAGGGCAUGGAGCUGAGGUGGUACAGGGACCAGCCCUCGCCAGCUGUGCACGUGCACCAGAACGGAGACGAUGUGUAUGAAGAGCAGAUGGCAGAAUACAGGGGAAGGACCACAUUCAUCGGCGACCGCAUGCUCCGAGGAGAGGCCACUGUGAGGAUACACAACGUCACCAUGUUUGACAACGGGACUUAUCACUGCAUCUUCAGGGAGCACACAUCCCACAACCAGGCCACCCUGUGGUUGAAGGUGGCAGGGCUGGGCUCAUCGCCCGUUAUCCACGUGACUGACAGCCAGGACAAAAGCAUCCGGGCAGAGUGCACCUCAGCAGGCUGGUUCCCAGAGCCCAAGGUGGAGUGGCUGGACCUCAGAGGACAGCCAGUGCCCGCUGAGACUCACUUCUCACCCUCUGCCAGCACUGGCCUCUUGACUGUGAUAUCCAUAGUGACUGUCCAGGAAAGGACUGUGGAGGGUCUGACUUGCUCCAUCUCUAACCCCCUCUUCCCUGAGAAGAAGGUGGCUGAGACUUACCUGCCUGCUUCCCUGUUCAGAAGACCUCCUUCCACGGAGAGGGGACCAGUUCUACCUCUGAUCCUCACGGCACUGGGGCUUGUCACAGCAGCAAUUGCCUGUGCCUUCGGGAGAUCGCACAAAGAGGAUAAAAGUGAGGAAGAAGACGCAGAUCCGGGAGCCGGUGCUGAGGCUGAGCCCUUCCAUGCCAGCCUGUCCCUGGACCCUGAAACUGCAAGUCCCAAACUCACAGUGUCUGAGGAUCGGAAGAGUGUGAAGCGGUUGCUGUUUGACCAGGACCUGUCUCCCAGUUCCCAAAGAUUUGACCAGGACCCCUGCAUCCUGGCCCGAGAGCGCUUUGAUGCAGGAAGGCAUUACUGGGAAGUGGAGGUCGGGGACAGGCGGGCCUGGAUUCUGGGUGUGUGUCUGGAGAGUUUGGGACGAGAAGGUAGGAUCCCCAAGUCCCCUCAGCAUGGUCUCUGGGCACUGGAGUUUUACAAGAAGAAACUCCAGGCCCUCUCCUACCCCAGGACUCACCUGUCUCCUCCACAACCCCUCCGGCGUGUGGGCAUCUCCUUAGACUUUGAGGCAGGAGAAAUCUCCUUUCACAAUACGGCCAACGGCUCCCUGAUCUAUGUGUUCUCUGGGCUGUCUUUUUCUGGUCCCUUACAGCCAUUUUUCUGCCUCUGGACCCAUGACCCCAGACCCCUGACCAUCUGCUCAGUGAUCAGAGAGACCGAAGAAGACACAGAAUCCUCUGGAGGUCCUUGUCCUCCCCGGGGACUCCUGAGACAUCCUUAGGAGGGAGAGGCUCCUGCCUUCUUGCCACCCUGGCUCCUGGUAUUAUUUAUUGCAUUCCUGUGUGAAUAUAUGGCAAGACACCAGGGGCUGGAUAU